AUGACAGCUCUCUCUUUGUUCCAGAAACUCGACUGUCUGCCUGCUCUCGCGGCGCUUAUUGGUACUAUCCUCUGGGCUUUGGUGACCAGUCCCUGGCGAACCCAUCAUUAUCCUUCAACUCUGCUGUUACACGUGGGUUAUGCAGCCAUGCGCAAAGCUACAUCACGCUUCUCAGUGGCCCAGCUGCACUUGGCUGACGGCGAGCGGCUUAGAUAUCUGCUUCCUACCACAGAUACCAUCUAUAAGCGCUUCAUGCGCCGCCAUCAUCUGCCCUCGAAGACUGUGGAUCUUGGCGAAGGUGCCCUGGGACACUGGCUGGGGGACUAUAAGCAUGCUGAGCGUGUCUUGAUCUGGUAUCACGGUAUGUGCACCUCGUCCCACCAAGUCAAACCAGGUCCUCAUGGUAUUCUAGGAGGUGGUUUCGCCCUCCCGGCCAACGACGGCUAUUUUCAUUUCUUCACUCAACUACUCGCGGAUACCCAAGCUAGGCCGAAACCCAAAUCGCUUGCGAUCUUUACCCUCACCUAUACCCUCGCUCCUCAAGCGACUUAUCCCACCCAGAUCCGCCAAGCCCUUUCAGCACUGCGAUACAUCCUCCAGGAAACCAACCGCUCUCCGUCGCAGAUCCUCCUCGGCGGUGAUUCCGCCGGCGGGAAUCUCGUCGGGGCGGUCCUCGCGCACAUGACCCAUCCCCAUCCCGAUCUUCCACCUCUCUCUUUGUCCGGCGGGCCGGACCACAAAAUCCGCGGCGCCAUCAUGAUCGCGCCCUGGACGAGUCUUGACCAGACUAUCUUACCCAAGGAUAUUGUUGCCUCGAUUGAACUGGACGAGUCAAAGAUCGACUCUCGGGGCGAUAUCAUCACCCCGGCCGUUGGCGGGCCAUGGGCUAAGGCGUACAUGGGUACUGGCAAACAUGACUACUACACCGAUCUCUCGACGGCCCCAACCGACUGGCUGGCGUCUUUCCCUGUGGAGAAGGUAUUAGUCUGUGCUGGGGAGAGGGAGAUCAUACUGCCUUUCAUUGAUGCAUUCGCCAGGAACUUGCAGGAAGGGCUUGGGCCGGAUAAGGUGGAGUUGUGCGUGGGUGAGGGUGAAGGUCAUGUGGCGCCGAUCUAUAAUCUGGCGCUGGGCGAGUGGGGUGAGACGGUCCAGGGGAAGAGGGUGAAGGGGUGGUUGGCAGAGGUCCUGUAA